AAAAAAAGAAAGAUGUUUAAAAAAAAAAAGAAAGAAAGAUGUUAUAGAAAGAGGCUUUAUUUCUUUCUAGAGAGACCAGAGGUGGCAGUGGGGAGAUCCUAGUACUGCAGUUACUAGUUGAGCUUUACACAAGUCUCCUAACCCUUCUGAUCUUCAGUGUUCUCAUCUAUAAAAUCUUCCAAAAUUGUCUAAGAGUGAAAAGUAAUGCAUAUAAAAUGUAUACUCAAUAUAAAGUACUCAUAUAAAGUACAAGUAUUCAGUAGAUAUUUGUUGAACUAAUAAUUAGUGAUAUUAUCAUUUCACCAUUUAUUGAACAUCCCUAUGUACCAGACACUUUAAAAGAUAAAAAGACACAGUCCCUGCCGCUAUGGUACGCAGGGUACUGUAGGAGACAGACACGCACACACACCCACAAAAACGAUAAUGGAGAUCUGUAUAAUCCAAGAAGCAAUGGGAGCAAAGGAAAAGAAACACCUAAGCCUGGGGAAAUCAGGGAGACUUCAUAGAGGUGAUGAUGCUUGAUCUGAGAACAAAAGGUUGAGUAGUAGUUUGUCAAAUAAGGGGAAAAGGGGGUAGAGAGGGACCCUUGCAGGAGAUUCCAUGCAGAAGGAUUAUGAUUUUUCAUUAUUGCUGAACCUUAAAGUGUGUUUGUAAAACAAUCUUUGCAGGAGAUAAAGUGAAGCAAUUAGGCAGGAGUUAAAUCUUGAGUUACCUUUAUGCCAUGCCAAGGAGUUUUUAUUUUAUUCUAUAUCCAUGAUAGUCAUUGCAGAAUUUUGAAGAGACAUAAAUGUGAUGUCAUCAGGGUUUUUUGUUUGUUUUGGAGAGAUUAUUCUGGCAGCCACAAAUGAAAUGGAUUGGGGAUAUUGGGACUGUAGACAAAAAAAAAAAAUUAGAAGGCUAUUAUAGUAUUUGAGGAGAUUGAUAAAUGCUUGAACCAGCACAGUGACAGUAUAGAUGGAGGUAACUGUAGUGAAAUUAUCAGCACUCAUUCAUUGACAUGAUACAGGGAAUGAGGGAGAGGAAUGAGUCAAGGAUGACCCUCCUUCCUCCUCUCCAUUGUGACUGACCCAGCUUGGGUGGCUAAUGGUGUCAUUCCACUGAGAUAGUGAAUCCUGGCAUAACCACCUGAUGGGUCAGAUUGAUUGACAUCUCCGUCAUUCCCAUGGGAGGAGGUUUAGGUGUUUGGGAGUAAAAGAACACAGAAAGCAGAUACCUCCCUUUGAGACCAGCGUGUUGGUUGCUGGCCUCACCAUCAAAAGGAUAUUCUUGAGGAUCAGGGGCUUGGGAAAACACCUGGGGAGGAUAACCUCAGGUUUUGCCACUGGUUUUGGUAGCCUAGGUGAGGAUUCAGAUGAAUUUAAAAAAUCUCACGUCCAAAUCAGGCUGGAUUUUUCUCUUUGUGCUCUGGUGUGUUUGCGACUUGAACUACAGUUUGCAGGUAACUACAGUGUGAAUUGAACGAUGUUUCUGCAUUUGUGCAAGGUGGUAGGUAGCCAGGCUCCAGGGAGGGUCUGGAUCAGGGUAGGGCUGGGGUGAGAUCAAGUCUCCCUUGCCAAAAGGCCCCCUAGGGCUAAGUGAAAAACUUGCUCUUUUGAAACAGUCACUGUUGGUAAUUAACAACAUAUCAAGCAUACAGUGGUGUCAAAUAAAGGAGAUUUGUAGGCACUGUGCUUUUGGUAGCAGAUCUCAAUCAUUCACGGAAGCUAUUAAAUCUGUGAACAUUAGCAUUCUGCCAGGAAGUGAGAUGUAGUCCUUAGCGUUUCCCAGACAAACUGAUUCUUUACUGAUUUGGAACAUCUCUCUCUCCUGGUUUCCUCCCCCCUCCUUCACCUCCUUCCAUACUGUCCUUGAAAUCGAUGAAUGGCAAUUUAGUAUACCACCAGUGGGUAUCUGAAUAAGAGAGGUUUGGUUUCUGCUGCGCCUUCUGUUACAACAAAAAUGUGUACUGCAUAAAUUUAAUAGGCUACCUUAAUGUGUAAGCCUUUUCUGCAAAGAGGUGGAUAUAUUUCUGAAUAAUCUGCAGAGGGGCAGAGUUUUUAGUAUAAGGCAGUGCUUCUAAGUAGCUGUUGCUCUAAUACAAUCAGACCGAGGCAGAAGCUACUCAUUUAGAAUAUUGGUGGAUGACAACAUUGGCUUGAACAAAGUGACCAGUCUCAAAUGGCUACUCACUCUCUGGGCUGCAGGUUGCUAGGGCUCAGGCUGUCGCUGUUUUCCCCCACCGAAAAGGGGCGGGGUGGUGUGGGCUGGGAAUUGGUGUGUUAGAAAAAAAAAAAAACGUGUAUGUUGUCUGCCUCUCCAUAGAGGUAAUAACCUGUGGUGGUGGGGGGGAAAUGCUGUUGAACAGGAGGAAGGCAAAAAGAUAGGUGGGUUGUUUUUUGUUUUUUCUUUCCUUUUUCCAAUGCUGCGACGCAUUUACCCUGCUGCUAUUGGGACGUUCUCUGCUUAGCCUAUUGGCUGAGCCCAGGAGCCUCUGUCUGCCAAUCGGGUGGAGGAAGGCAGACAAAUCUACCCCGCCACCAGCAAAAAAAACGGCGCGUAACCCUUGCGGCGCCGGCCCAGCCGCGCCAGAGCUGGCGCGGGGAAAGGGAGAUAGGUGUCUCCAGCUGCUGUGGCCGUUCGGGGCGGGUCGGCUUCUUCGGCUUCUCAGGACCAGAUAGAGAACUAGUGGGCGGCAGCAAUGCUCCGCAAGGUGAGAAGCUGGGUAGAAAUCUGCCGGGGGACUACCCUUUUGUUCCUUUUUUGCCACCUGGGUUACGUUUGUGGGCAGAUCCGAUACCCGGUCCCAGAGGAGUCACAGGAAGGGACUUUUGUAGGGAAUGUCGCCCAAGAUUUCCUGCUGGAUGCAGAGAGCUUAGCAGCUCGCAGGCUGCAGGUCGCUGGAGAGGUGAACCAAAGACACUUCCGUGUGGAUUUGGACAGCGGUGCCCUGCUCAUCAAGAAUCCAAUCGAUCGAGAGGCACUGUGUGGGCUCAGUGCCAGCUGCAUCGUGCCCCUGGAGUUUGUAACAGAAGGGCCUUUGGAAAUGUACCGAGCAGAGGUAGAAAUCGUGGAUGUGAAUGAUCACGCCCCCCGAUUUCCUCGGCAGCAGCUGGACUUGGAAAUUGGGGAGGCAGCUCCUCCAGGACAGCGUUUCCCCUUGGAAAAGGCUCAGGAUGCAGAUGUGGGGAGCAACUCCAUCAGCAGCUAUAGACUAAGCUCCAAUGAACACUUUGCACUGGAUGUCAAGAAGCGCAGCGACGGCAGCCUGGUCCCAGAGCUGCUCCUGGAGAAGCCUUUGGAUCGGGAAAAGCAAUCAGACUACCGCCUAGUGCUGACUGCUGUGGAUGGAGGGAACCCCCCGAGAUCUGGCACAGCGGAGCUCCGGGUGUCAGUGCUGGAUGUGAAUGACAACGCCCCAGCCUUCCAGCAAUCCAGCUACAGGAUUAGCGUUUUGGAGAGCGCGCCAGCCGGCAUGCUACUCAUCCAGCUCAAUGCCUCUGACCCAGACCUGGGUCCCAGUGGUAACGUCACCUUUUCUUUCAGUGGUCACACCCCUGACCGUGUGAGAAAUCUCUUUAGCCUGCACCCCACUAAUGGAAAGCUUACUCUUCAGGGGCCCCUAGACUUUGAGAGCGAGAAUUACUAUGAAUUUGAUGUUCGGGCUCGAGAUGGGGGUUCUCCAGCCAUGGAGCAACAUUGCAGCCUUCGGGUGGAUCUCCUGGAUGUAAAUGACAAUGCCCCCCACAUCACAGUGACCUCAGAGCUUGGGACUCUCCCUGAGAGCGCAGAACCUGGCACGGUGGUGGCGCUCAUCAGUGUGCAGGACCCUGACUCAGGUUCAAAUGGAGAUGUGAGCCUCCGUAUUCCUGACCAUUUGCCCUUUGCCCUCAAGUCCGCCUUCAAGAACCAGUUCUCCCUGGUGACUGCUGGACCCUUGGACCGAGAGGCCAAAUCCAGCUAUGAUAUCAUGGUCACUGCUUCUGAUGCUGGGAGCCCUCCUCUGAGUACCCACAGGACCAUUUUCCUCAAUAUUUCAGAUGUGAAUGAUAACCCACCCUCUUUCUUUCAGAGGUCACAUGAAGUAUUUGUUCCAGAGAACAAUCGCCCAGGGGACCUGCUUUGCUCCCUUGCAGCCUCUGAUCCAGACUCUGGCUUGAAUGCCCUUAUCUCCUACUCUCUCCUAGAGCCCAGAAAUCGAGAUGUGUCAGCUUCCUCCUUCAUCUCUCUGAACCCCCAGACGGGAGCUGUUCAUGCUACUCGAUCCUUUGACUAUGAGCAAACACAGACACUGCAGUUUGAGGUGCAGGCCCGGGAUCGGGGCAACCCACCCCUUAGUAGCACCGUGACAGUUCGUCUAUUUGUACUGGACCUCAAUGACAAUGCGCCAGCUGUGCUCCGCCCUAGAGCCCGACCUGGUUCCUUAUGUCCACAAGCACUGCCUCCAUCAGUUGGUGCUGGACACCUAGUUACAAAGGUGACCGCUGUGGACUUGGAUUCGGGUUACAAUGCUUGGGUUUCGUAUCAGCUCCUGGAGGCCCCAGAUCCCAGCCUGUUUGCAGUCUCCCGCUAUGCUGGGGAGGUGCGGACGGCUGUUCCCAUCCCAGCUGAUCUCCCGCCGCAGAAGCUGGUCAUUGUGGUAAAGGAUAGUGGUAGCCCACCACUCUCUACCUCCGUUACUCUCCUGGUGUCCUUGGAAGAAGACACUCAUCCAGUUGUCCCUGAUCUUCGAGAAUCUUCAGCUCCAAGGGAAGGAGAAUCCCGCUUGACCCUGUACUUGGCUGUAUCUCUAGUGGCAAUUUGCUUUGUCUCCUUUGGCUCAUUCGUGGCACUAAUCUCGAAGUGCCUGCGUGGGGCUGCCUGUGGAGUGACCUGCUUUCCUGCUGGCACCUGUGCCUGUCUCACCCGGUCUCGAAGGAGAGAGGGGCUUCCUCCUUCCAAUGGGAUCCUCCGAAUCCAGCUAGGGUCAGAUGAUCCUAUCAAGUUUGUUGAUGUGGGCGGCCACUCUCAUGGCUGUACACCCUUGGCUUCUGCACCCACUCGGAGCGAUAGCUUCAUGAUGGUGAAGUCACCCAGUGCACCUAUGGCAGGGGAACCUGUUCGCCCAAGUUGCCCACCCUCUGAUCUUCUCUAUGGGCUAGAGCAAGCCCCGCCCAACACGGACUGGCGUUUCUCCCAGGCCCAGAGACCCGGCACCAGCGGAUCCCAAAAUGGCGAUGAAACCGGCACCUGGCCCAACAACCAGUUUGACACAGAGAUGCUGCAAGCCAUGAUCUUGGCCUCCGCCAGUGAAGCCGCUGAUGGGAGCUCCACCCUGGGAGGGAGUGCCGGCACCAUGGGCUUGAGUGCCCGCUACGGACCCCAGUUCACCCUGCAGCACGUGCCCGACUACCGCCAGAACGUCUACAUCCCCGGCAGCAAUGCCACUCUGACCAACGCAGCUGGCAAGCGAGAUGGCAAGGCCCCGGCAGGUGGCAACGGCAACAAGAAGAAGUCGGGCAAGAAGGAGAAGAAGUAAUGCGGAGGCCAGGCCUUGGAGCCACAGGGCAGCCUCCCUCCCCAACCAGCCCAGCCUCUCCCUACCUGUGCCCAGGCCUCGGAUUUUCAGGGCUCACCCCCAGGAUACUGGUAGGGGCCCAGGCCAUGCUCCCCUUGGGAAACAGAAACAAGUGCCCAGUCAACACCCCCCCUCUGCCCCCAGGGGAUUGAAUAUGCAAAGGGAGUUCUGCUGGGAACCCCCAUCCAAUCAAUUGCUGUGCCCAUGGGGGUAGUGGGUUAGUGUAGACACCAUUUAUCACACCCCUUUCAGUUACAGCUGAACUCCUCCAUCUUCCAAAUUCAAUCGGGCCCAUCCAUCCCCUGCCUCCCUCCUACCCGACCCACCCCACCCUCCUCCUCAACAGUUCCUCUUUCUUAAGUUGUUUGGGGGUGUUGAGGUACCUGGUGACCUAAAAAGGCUCAUAGUUCUGAAGAGUUGGAAGGGCAUCAUGACCUCUUGGCCUCUCCUUCAAUUCUCAGACUUCCCCCAAAGCAUGGUUUGGUGCCAAUCCCUUCACCUCCUUCCAGGACCUGAGACCAAGCUCAGGUUUUGGGAGAUACGGUCACCAUUCCUAUGGUACUGAUGCUUGCUGGAUUUAGGGAGGGCAUUUUGCUACCAUGCCUCUUCCCAACACCCUGGGGACCAGUCUUUUGGUUUUCAUUGUUUGAUGUUCCCACUGCAUGCUGUGACUUCCCUCCCCAAACAAGAGACUUCACUGCAUGUUCUAAGACGGUACGGGGUGGUAAGAUAAAGAAGGGAAGGGUGGGCGUGUGUGCGCGCGUGCGUUUGGGGGGAUGGACAAAGCUUGAUCCAUCAGUUAACAGGGUCUUGCUGGAGGCUCUGUAUGCCCCCAGGGUACUGACCAGAUCCCCAAAUUCCAGCCAUAAGCCAAGCACCAGGCUGGACCCUCAUCUAUCAUAUACAGGGCAGCCCAGGCAGCCAGCGGUGGGCUGAGCUACGGGCACCAAUGGAUUUAAACUGGCAUUAUGGUCCAAGGAAGCUCUGAGCAGGUUUGGGACCAGGUCCCCUGGAGAGGUCAGAGGGGCCUCUGUGGGUGCUGGGUACUCCAGAGGUGCUGCUGGUGGAAGGAUCAGUGUGGCCCCAGCAGGAAGCGAGGGCCAGCUAGACCACUUUUGGUCCCUGGGUUGGGAAGGAAAGGAGCUAGAGCAGGGACCAAGUGGAAAGUGUCAGCCCAGGAUCAGGGCUUGCUUCUCCACAGGGCCCCUGCAUCCAGCAACCCCAGUCCUUCACCUCGACAGGUGCCAUUUCGUCUCUGUGAAGGCCACUGCCCAGGCCCCCAGUCCGAUCCCUCGUGGCCAGAGCCUGGUUAAAGUUCCCCAGUGCCUCCUUGUGCAUAGAUCUUCCUCUGUCCACCCCUUCUGCCCCCGGCGUCCCGUUCACGCAGCGGGGCUUCGCGAGAACCCCACCCGGCCCUUGCAGUGGUGUAGAGACCCCCCCGCCCUCUUUCGGCUGGUGUAGAAUAGCCAAUAGUGUAUAGUGCGGCGUGCUUUUCCGUAAUGGCGAGUGGGGCCGCGGGCGGCGGGCUCCACGCAGCCGUCUGUCCCCGAAUCUGCCUGCGGCGGCCCGUGCUGUGUUUUGUGCUGUGUCCACGCGCUGCGGCGACCCCCUCCCGCGUCCUGACUCCUCUAAGCGCUUCUCUUUGCAUAGUCACGUAGCUCCCCACCCCACCGCCUUCCUGUGUCUCACGCAAGUUUUAUACUCUAAUAUUUAUAUGGCUUUUUUUCUUUGAAAAAAAUUAAAAGAUUUCUUCUGAAA